AUGUCAGCAGCACCAGCUGCAACUCAAGCGCCAUCGGGCAAAGAAUCAUUUUUCAAGGAUAAGGACAAGCCCGAGAGUGUUCGUAAUAGCAACAUCGUUGCGGCGAAGGCUGUAGCAGAUGCUGUGCGAACAUCGCUUGGCCCUCGUGGUAUGGAUAAGAUGAUCCAGUCCGGUAAUGGAGAUGUUACCAUCACCAACGAUGGAGCCACGAUUCUGAAUCAAAUGAGCGUCGUGCAUCCGACUGCCAAAAUGCUUGUUGAGCUAUCGAAAGCUCAGGAUAUCGAAGCGGGUGAUGGCACUACGACAGUCGUUGUAAUAGCUGGAGCGUUGUUGGAUGCUGCGCAGACACUCUUGCAGAAAGGUAUUCACCCCACAACUAUUUCGGACUCAUUCCAAGCAGCUGCUUUGGAAGCUGAGAAGAUUCUCGAGGAAAUGAGUUCACCUGUUGAUCUCUCAAAUGACGAAUUGCUUGUUAAGAUGGCCACAACAUCACUUAAUUCUAAG